UCCCCCGGAGCGUGCUGUGAAUUCCCGCCACACACACACACACACACACACACAUAUAGACAGAGGAGCGCAGAGAGGGAAGGCGACAAGAUGCUGCCCGCGACGUUCAAGCUGUGCGCUGGGAUCUCCUACGGGCACGUGCGCAGCAUGACAGGACUGAGGAAAACGGCGAUGGUCGCGAUUAACCAUGAAAUGAAGAGACUCUCGGGUCCGGGUCCGAACCGCUGGAUCUCCCAGGUGCGCAGACGGAGCUCCCUGCUCAGCGGCCGGAUAGAGGAGACCCCUUACAGCGAGGCUGAGAUCUCCUACAUGAAGCAAGGGGAGGAAGCCCUGCAGAAGUCCAUCAGCAUCCUCGGUGACCAGAGCGGCUGGAAGAUGGAGACGGAGGCGGAGAACGGGGACAAGGUGCUCAGCAAGAUGCUUCCGGAUAUUGGCAAGGUGUUCAAGCUGGAGGUGGUGCUGGACCAGCGGCCCGAUCAUCUUUACGGAGAGCUGGUUGGCAACAUGGAGAAAAUGGGCGAGUGGAACCCCAGCGUGAAACAAGUGACGAUCCUCCAGAGGGUUGGCCCAGACACCCUGGUCACUCACGAAAUGGCAGCGGAGACGCCUGGCAAUAUAGUGGGCCCCCGGGACUUUGUGAGCGUUCGCUGUGCCAAGCGUCGGGGCUCCACCUGCUUCCUGGCGGGAAUGUCCACGAACCACCCAGACAUGCCGGAGCAGAAGGGUUUCGUCAGGGCGGAGAACGGACCCACCUGCAUUGUCAUGCGGCCAAGUGCUGAGGACCCCAACAAAACCAGAUUUACUUGGCUGCUCAGUAUAGACUUAAAGGGAUGGAUCCCAAAGGCUGUGGUGAACCAAGUCCUCUCCCAGACCCAAGUGGAUUUCGCUCAGCAUCUCAGACAGAGGAUGGCUGCCAGUGACAUGGGGGCAGCCCUGGCCUGCUGAUGCCCCCCUCCCACGACCGUUCCACGAUCUCCACCUCCUCUCCGGAGCGACUCUCUCGUGUACACGGUGGUGCGAGACCGGAGUUUAACUCCGCGGACGCUUCGGUUAACAUCCUGCUUUUUCGGACGAAUCCUGCGUGACUAAACGAUAACGUAUUACUGCACACGUUUCAUGACUUGACCGCUUUGCCAAGGUGUGUGUCCACUGUAGGUGUGUGUGUGCACAUGACAGCUGGUAUCUACGCUUUUCCUCUUCUUCCCAACCCGCUUUUGCGGACCUGUCGUUUUUUUUUCAGAACUUUACUACGGUACUCAUGGACUCGUUGCACUCAUGUACACGACUUUAUGGAACCUGUACUUUGUGUUGGAAAAGUUGCACGAUCUGCUACGCCUUCUAUUUAUUGUGGGCCGACAGCACUGCCAGUCAGUCUGUUGACAGGUCAAAGUCAAUAAAAAUCUUUGUUUCAAGCCA